AAUUUGAUGAAGCUAAUUUAAAUACUAUAACCAAUGCUUAUUUAAAUGGUUCAAAAAGUCAUGAAUAAACAGUAUCAAGUCCCUUGGAAGGCACCACCAUAUUUAAUUUUAAUCACCAAAGAUAACAAGACCGGCUGUAUUUCUUACAUUACUACUACAGCUAACGUGACUUCUAACUAUAACAAUAAUAACACGGUUAUGUUAUUUGAAACAUGGACCGUUUAACUACGACCAUUACAAACUACUUAAAUCAAACCGUACUGCCAUUCAAGUACUAGAGAAAGGUAAAUUUGCACGAAACAUUCCCCGUCGAAGACGAAAUACCGAAAUAUAAUGCUUACAUACGAAUCACAUUGUUACCAAAUGUGAAAGCUAAUAAACUCCACGAAAUACUAGGACGGGCGCAUUUGCUGUGCCGUGAUCGUCCUUGAGGAUCGCGCGUAAGCCUGACAAUAUUAUAAUCUACCACAAAUAUCAUAAACACAAUAAAAUUUAGUGCUCCUGAUACUUAAUCACGAAAGCCAAAUUAAUUCAAAUUGGUUUGACCUUGACUUACCUGUGAAGUGCAGUUACCCCUGAGUCCUCGUGGACUGAAGGUUGUGUGGUAUUCCGGGCUUCGUGUCCUUAUCCUAUAUAUCGUCGUAUCAGUUAUCAAUAUGUUUUUCCAGUUUUGAGUCUUCCACUACAGGUCAAAGUGUGCUUUGAUCUUUUCCCACUUUUUUUUCAAAGGAACUUUUGAAAGUUUAAACUUUUUUGUUUUUACCAGAUUAAUGCAAGCGUUUUUGGCUGGACUAUGCAUGGUACCAUUUCUUGGAGAGGACCUUUUUGGGUUGUUAAAAUUAGGACCAUACAUGAUUCAUGUUAAAUUUAGCUUUGUUACAGAUCAACCUAAAAUGAAAUGUGCAAGACUUCACCUUCAGCAAAGGUCGAAAGCGAAGUCGAAAGCGGACAGUCCGACCGUGAUAGAGAAACCAAGGAGGUACUGCCAGAAGCGUUUGAUAAACCCUGAACACGAGGAGGAUCCGAGAUGGAUAGAUAUCUUUGAAAGAUUCCAUUGCAACCUGAACUAUGACCACCUCACGGAAACACUGGACAGUGUCCGAACGCAACAGGAUAACGAAGAUAUGGUCCUCACUGUUCAAACAUUGAAGUUUCAAGGUGACGUUGAACAAACAAAAAGACCACGAACUAGCUUCAAAUACAAGAAGGCGCCAGAUGGUAACAAACACCGAAUGUUUCUGAAGCAGACUGUUACGGAACACGAUCUCAGCGACGAUGACCGCUCAUCACAACUUACCUACUACUUUGACGAUUACGUAAAAUAUUUAUACAACAGUGACAGAUCCAGACCCGCUUCAAGCAAAUCCAGCAUUUUUCUACGAGGAUUCAGCCCAGACAAGCCACGAGAAAACAAAGCAACACAAGUCGAAAUGAACACUGAUGAAACUAAAAAAACUCGUAAAAUUGAACCGAAAAAUAAGACCUUGUCAAAAAAGAUCCCUAAACGACAGAUCAAAGAUGAACUUAGAGACGUGUCUAAUACUAUAGAAAAUACGAAAGUGACUUACCAGAAAUCUGGUAAGAGGAAAAGCUUGACCAUCUCCCGGAACCAAAGCCCCGAAACGGUCCAAGUGAUCAGAGUCGAUGUUGUGUGCAAUCACAACAGCAGCCCUACAUCCGAUUAUGACGACAGCAAAAAAUUGGAAAGUUCUUCGACCAAAUCCGAGGCGAACACAGAAAAUAUGACUCACAACUAUUUCACAAAUAAAUAUAACCAUUUCGCUAACAGAUAUCUUUUGACAAACACAAUAAAGUCUUUGGAUGAGAGUUUAUCGGGCGGUGCUAAGGUAACACUACUAUGCAAAACUUUCAAAUUAUCCGACCGUGUUGGAACAACGGACAAGCAAACAAGAAACAUCGGCACGUACAGAAAAUACGCCAAGCCAUCCAAAAGCAUAAAGAAAAACAAAGUGAAAACCGAUGCUCUUCGUGAUAGUACUUACAUUUAUAAUUAAAUUAUCUUAAUUUUAUUCCUGUUCUAGGUAAUUUUGCUAUUGUGAAACGGGAUCAAUUUAAUAAUUUUCAAAUCCAAAAGAGGGCUUUUGAUGUUGCUGUGCUUAUGUACUUUUGAAUUUCAUAAAAUUAAACAAUACAUACGGUAUCUGUU